GGCUCUAAACUUUAAACUUUCAGUUCCAGUCUUCCAGAGGGAUGAACAGGGCUAGGGUUUUCCUGAUUACAUCACUCUAAUGUCUCGAUUUCUCAUUCUACCCAAACACUUUGCUUCCAUCAAUCCAUGGCCAUGGCUUUCUUUGAGUCUCUUCUCAACUCGUUCUUCUUCUUCAAGAUCCAAAGGCAAGUCUUUCACUGUCUCAUACCUCGUUGGAACUUGCGGGUUCUCACCAGAACGUGCAGUUUCCGUUUCCAAACGCUUUAGCUUCAAAACAAGCGAAAGACCAGACACAGUGAUUGCGUUCUUCAGGAACAUUGGGUUAUCCCAAACGUCACUGUUCAGAGUCCUCCAAUCCAUGCCACAGUUACUCGUAGCCAGUCCCGAGAGAUCUUUGCAGCCAAAAAUCGAUUUUUUUAAGUCCAAAGGGUUUUCUACCUCUGAUAUAUGCAAGACCAUUGUUAAUAACCCUUUGAUCCUCAUCCGAAGCGUGCAGGUUCAGAUAGCUCCCGCGUUUGAUUUCUUCGAUGACAUGUUUCCCUCUAGGGAUAAGCUCAUCAAAGCUAUUAUCCGUAAUUCGAGUAUUCUCUAUGACUUUAAAAUAUAUGUAGAACCUAAUAUAAAGCUGCUUAGAGAAGCAGGAGUUCCUAUUUCACAUGUUAUUAGGUUAAUAGAAUACUGCCCUCGCCAAUUGAAGGCAAACCCUAAGAGGUUUAAGGAGGUAUUGCAGGAAAUUAAGGAGAUGAAGUUUGAUCCCUUCAAGUUUCAAUUUGUUGUGGCUAUUUAUGUGAAUGUAACCGUAGGAAAAUCCUCAUUGGCAAGAAGGAAAGGUAUUUAUAGAAAGUGGGGUUGGACCGAUGGCAAUAUUUUUGCAGCAUUUAGAAACCAUCCGUGGUGUCUUGUCAUCUCGGAUGACAAGAUUGAAGCAAUCAUGGAUUAUCUGGUGAAUGAAUUGGGUUAUUCCGCUUCUUCUAUAUCUAGUAAUCCCUGGGUGUUGUCCAUGAGUUUGAAAAGGCGGAUUAUUCCCAGGGGUUCUGUUAUUCUAGUUUUGCAGUCUAAGGGUCUGGGGAGGAAGCUGGGCUUGGGUACAAUAUUUAGGUGCAAUGAAGAGAUCUUCUUGAAUAAGUUUAUCUUCCGCCAUGAGAAAGAAGCUGACGAUCUAUUGAAGUUGUAUCAAGCUAAUUUAGGAAAAGAGCAAGUCCAUAAGAGAAAAGAAUGUAAUGAUUAAUGAUGAAGCUGUCUUCCGUCUCACUAAGAAUUUUUGGUGCACUGUUAUGGAGUUAAUGAUAUCAGGUGAACAGAGGGUUGACUUCUCAGUAGUGAGGUAAAGAUAUUUUAUCAACUUAGGAUUAUUUAUGAUAUGUCAUUUGGUUUUCUUUUCCAUUUUCCUAAUUCUAAGUUGCAGCUUUGUUCUUGUCACUUAAGUGCUAAUUUCCAAUUACUAAUUUCACAUUACUUAAUAGCAUUUCUAUUAAAAGUAGGUUCAUUCAGUUUCCAUUAGUUUGAAAAGUGUUGAAAAAUCUUGUUAACAAAUUAGAAACACCUGUUGGAGUUCGACAUACUUGCCAGGAUUCUCUCUCCUCAUUCUUCAUUGUAUGUUAAUAACAUAAAUUUAUGCAUGAGAAAUAGCAAGGCACAUUAGCAAUUCUUGAAAAAGACUGUUAUGCUACAAAUUUCAAUAUUUGAUAAGCAUUGAGGUUGUUUCAAGCUGAACCGAAUAUUCAAGGCCUCAAGGGUACUAAAAGACACACGUUGUUGAUACAUAUCUAUGAAUAUUUGAAGUUUUAAGUUGAUGCACUUACAGGGAGCUUGGAGAGAAAUUACUUAUUUUAGGAGCUAACUAGGAAAUAAGGCCUACAAUGAAAGAGUGCCUAAGCUUGGAGACAUGUCUAAACGGUGCAAUGCAUUUUCUUUCAUUUUUGUUUACUCUAAUGUUAAUGAGUAAUGACUAUGAUACAUUUGUAUCUUUCUGCCCAGUUUAUAUUCGGUUUUACAUUAUAAUAUGGUGAUGAUACAUGAUAAGCAUAAAUGAUCAAUAGAAAUUAGAAAAUACGUUCUUCAAUCUUCAUACUCCACGGAAGUACAAGACAUUACACACCAUAUGAGGCACGA